CAAGAGAAGGAAAUGAAAAAGGAAAAGAAAAUAAAGAAAGAAAAGAAAAUAAAGAGGGAAAAGAAAAAGAAAAGAAAAGAGGAGAAAAGAAAAGAAAAUAAAAGAAAAGAGGAGAAAAGA